ACGGGAAGGACGCGGAGGAAUCGAGGAGAAGGGAGUGAGAGAAAAAGGGUGCAACAAUCCUUUGUUCGGGUGCAACUCCGGUGACGCGAUUCACUAGACGGUCUGGUGCUUCGCUGGGUCUCCGAUGAUGGCGAUAGCGAACGAGAAACCUGAGCCGUCGGAUGGGAAGGUCUGGAGCCUGUGCCGGAUGCCCUUCUGGCAGAGCGGCAGCAGCGCCGGAGGUGGGGGAUCGUCGUCGACGUCGACGUCGUCGGUGGGCCACCACCGGCCGAGUCACGGCCAGGCCAGCCAGGUGGACGGAUCGGGCGGCCACCACCAGAGCUCGGGCGGCGGAUCGGUUUCGUCGGUGGCGAGGUCGCUUCUGCCCACCCGCCGCCGGCUUCGCCUCGAUCCGGCCAGCAAGCUCUACUUCCCCUAUGAACCUGGUAAGCAGGCUAGAAGUGCAGUCAGGAUAAAAAACAUCAGCAAGUCUCAUGUAGCAUUUAAGUUUCAAACGACUUCACCAAAAAGCUGUUUUAUGCGUCCUCCUGGGGCCAUACUUUCUCCUGGCGAGAGUAUCAUAGCAACUGUUUUCAAGUUUGUGGAGCAACCGGAGAACAAUGAGAAAGUCAUAGAUCAGAAAAGCAAUGUUAAGUUUAAAAUUAUCAGCUUAAAGGUAAAAGGACCAAUGGAAUAUGUACCAGAACUGUUUGAUGAGCAGAAGGAUCAGGUUGCAGGGGAGCAAAUUCUAAGGGUUGUAUUCUUGGAUCCAGAACGCCCCUGCUCUCAAUUGGAAAAACUGAAGCACCAACUGGCUGAAGCUGAGGCAGCACUUGAGGUGCGCAAGAAACCUCCUGAAGACACCGGCCCCAAAAUAGUAGGAGAAGGGCUCGUCAUCGAUGAAUGGAAAGAACGAAGGGAACGGUACCUUGCUCGUCAGCAGGUUGAGGUGGUUGACUCUCUGUGAAGUGCAGUUUGGUGUUGUUGUAAACCUUUCUUUUUCUUUAAUGAGAUCACUGAAUCGUGUAUUUUGGAGACAGAAACUAUCAUUAUGUACCCUUGUUAAUUUUUAGGUGUCCUUAGGGGUUUGCUUAUCUUUAAAAGGUUCAAUUGAUAGAAUAACAUGCUUCAAUUACUCAAAACCUUUGAUAUCGGUAGUACUCGUGAAUUAUGUUUCCAAAAUGUAUAUAAUGAUAUUUGCUUUUGAAAUAAACUACAUUUUGUGAGACACCAAAA